UUUCUAAUGCUCGUCCAUGUGUAUUUACAAUGGAUGAAGAAAUUGAAAACCAAAAGUAUCAAAUAAGGAAAGAUUCUUCUUCAGAAAAGUCAAAAGAAUUUCCUUCACCAGAAUUAGUUAAUCAAAUUCAUUUAACUAAUGUUGAACUUCGCAGAAUUCAAUUAGAAAAACAAUUAAAAAUAACUCCUUUCCAGUCAGGACUUAGAUCUUCUUUAACUGCAAGAAAUAUUAAUAGAUUACCCCCACCAAAUAAUAAUUUAAAGAAAAAACAUCCACCAACAAACACUCCUUCCUACGAUGAUGAUGACGAUGUUUGUUUGUUUUUUUGGAGGGAGAGAUUUUAAUUAUUUUUUUAUUAAAUUUAAGGCUUUCUUUUCGUGAAAUAUUGAGAGGAGGAAUUAAAAAGGAAAAA